AUGGACCGACUAGACCAACUACGAGAACAGCUUAACGCUAUUGGAGCUGCGACUGACAUCCCACUGCAAGACCGGUCUCAUGAUCUUGCGACUGUGGCUGGGGACUACGCCGUCGAACUCCUGCGACGUAGUAGGCAACAGCGUUCAGACCAGAUAGAUCCACCCCCAUCAUAUAAUGAGACCAUGAACACAGCGACAGUUCCUCGCACAGAAGAUGUUGUCCCCGCCUCAGCAUAUCCUGAAGACCGUCAGAGGCAUUCUUCAAAUCCCUCAACGUCAUCAGCACAGCUAUACGCCGCCUCGUCUCAGACCACCAUCCCGCAGGCGGCUCAACCCACGGAGGUCACGCCUGAAGAGAACGGCCACACAGCAGAACAGCGGGAGAACCGACGAUGGAACGCAGAAAUGAUGCUCUCGUAUGCGGUGAGGGAACUUCAGGAGGUUCAUUCCACGGAGGCCUCGCCUGAGGAGAGCAGCCGCACAGCAGAACAGCGUGAGAUCCGACGACAGAACGCAACAAGAGUUAUCUCGCAUUUACUGAGGGAGAUGGGGGAGAUUCAACCCCCCGUGGAGAUAACAAGGUCCAUCACAAACCCCAGGUCGCGCUCCACGGCAUCAGACGCGGUCGGGGGCAGCAUUGAAGAUUAUCAUUCCGACACCGCGCUACUGGUAUUUCAACGAGAGCGUAUAGACAAAUUGGAGCGUGAGGUGGGAACUCAGGUGAGGACUAUCGAGAGCCUGCACCGGAAGGUGAACAUUAGAGAUGAGAUCAUCGAGAAAGAUGCUGCUUAUGUCAAGCUUCUGUGGGCUCUUGUAAAGGAAAAGGAAGAUCUGCUGCAAUAUGAAUGGAGCAAAUUGUCGUUCUGUUGUUUGAUGGUCAGCACCGGUAAAGGAGAAAUGAACGAGAUCUAA